CCGGGGGCCGCGCCCGGCGGGAGCGCGGCGGGGCGCGGAGCGGCCCCGCGGGAUGGGGCGUGCGGCGGCAGGUGCCGGGUUGGGGACCGUGCCCCUCUGGGGCAGCCUCUUGCUCGCUGCUGGCCUUGCCCUCGACCCAGCACCGCAGGGCUGCAACUGCACAGAGCCCAUGGACUUCCAGGAGUUCCAGGAGGCUCCGCUCCCUGAGAGCUGCUGCCUCAACUUCACCAGCUCCAACAUUACCCACCUGGACUGGGGCAUACUGGUAGGGGUGCAGGGGUUGCGGGAGCUCUACCUCUCGCACUGCAGCAUCAUGGAUAUCAGCAAUGCGCAGGGAGUCCCCCCUGCCUUGGAGGUCUUGCACUUGAGUCAUAACCUGCUGGAAAGUCUCCCUGGAAGCUUCCUGGAAGAUGCUCCUAAUUUGAGGGUCCUUUAUCUGGACAGCAACCAGCUCCAGGAGCUGCCCAAGUCCUUCCUGAAAGCGUCGACCCAGCUCCAGGAGCUCUACCUGAGCUUCAAUGCCCUGACCUUCCUUCCCGCCAGCCUCCUGAAGCCGUCUCUGCUCCAGCUCCAGCUCUCCAACAACAGCUGGGACUGCAGCUGCGCUUUGCUCAGCAGCCUGGAGGGUUGGCCCAACCUGACCACUGAGGUUAUCUGCCACACACCGGAGCGGUACCACGCCAUGGACCUCCAGAGCAUCCCCCAGGAUGAGCUGUGCCGCUCACACAGCCUCACUGCCCUCUUCAUCUGCCUGCCCCCUCUCCUCAUCCUUGCCAGCAUCACCUGGUGCUUCUGCAGGCAGAAGAGAAAGACCAACUACAGCCUUCAGAGCAGGUCCCAGAGCCACCUGGCCGCAGCAGAGAGGGGCAAUGUGCCGGUGCCUGUGGAGCCCCACCACUAUGUCCCCUAUGAGCUGCCUGCUACCCCCUCCAAGACUGAGAAGAAGGUGCUGCUGGGGAGCCAGGUCCUGCUCCAGCCUUCCAUGGACCCACUGGAGAGCAGCAGAGACCUCUACGAGGAGGUGGAGAUCCAGGUGGGAUCCCCCAGCAGUUCCCAGGUGCCAACCCAUGAAAGGCAGUGGGCCACAGCGCCAGGCAGGCAGCAGGACACCCCAGCACUGAGGACAGAGCAGCUGGGGGGCAGCGAGCCAGAGGUGGACACUGUCAGCGUGAGCGAGGUCCUGAAGGAUUCUGCCGACCGGGAGAAGAUCUACAUGAGUCAGACAACCAACUAUUACAACCUGGUACACGGCAUUGAGCUGGAGGAUUCGGACAACCUGGAGUAUGAAAACAUUGACCUGCACUGAUGCCGGGACUUGGGCUGCGUCUGGGACAUGCCAGGAGGACAGCAGGGGCCGGGCAGUAGUGAAAGCUGGCAGAGCAGGAGCAGCAUGAGCUGUAGCUUAGAGUGGCUGUUUGCAAAGCUGCACCCCCAAAUUCCCAUCCCUUCCCCUGCGCUACCAUGUGCACCCCUCGCCUGCCAUGUGCUGCAGCUGGGCAGGGGGUGUGAGAGCGCUUUGGGCACUGGGGACCCUGCCACAGGCUGGCGGUGUAUGGGGACACGUGGGCUGGCAGUACCCAAGGAAGAACGGGGAGAGGAGGUGGUUUUGGGGACCAGGUGACAAUACUGUGUGUGCCAGACCCACUGACUAGGGCCUCCAUCCUCUCACUGGAGCCAGAUGGCACCUGGCAUGGGCCUGCUGCUCCCCAGCCCACAGAGAACAGGGUCUGGGGACAUGAAACAGGGCUGGCCCUGCCUGUGUGGUCUGCAGGGGGUGUCACGCAUGGAUGGGGUGCCCUUGGCUGGACAGGGAAAGCCUGAGGUGGCCCUGCCUGCUGCCCACCCCACAUCCUGCCAUGUCCUACCGUGUGGCACAGGGGCUUGAAACGACUGGUGCACAUGUGCUGCUGAAUGCAUGAGCCUGCAUGCACACGUGUGCAGGGACUGUGCACAGGUGGAUGUCCACAGGUGUGCAAGGUGCACACA